CUGCCAGCUGCAGAGGUGAGGUUCAGGACUGGCUCUAGGCACCAGCAAAGCAGGCACUUGCUUGAGGGGGCACGUUUCCAGGGGCGGCACGUUUCCAGGGGCGACAUUCCGGCUGACAUCUUCAGAAAUUCCAGCAUCAAGCCCCAGCUCUCCUCGGGCAACAACGUGUCAACCAGCUGCCUGGAUGUGGCGGGCAGCGGCCCUCUGGGCUACUGCUACAAAGUCUGCCUGAAGCCAGAGUCCGCCAAGAGCGACUUCAUGUUCCUAAAGCCCGAGUCCCCCGAGGAACAACGAGAAAGCUGCCAAGAACUUACCAGGGCUGGGAAGGAAGCCCCGAGCGGCCAGUAACACUGUCAGUGCCGUCACCAGAUGCCGGUGACCUUCGAGGAGGUGGCUGUGUAUUUCACCCAGGGGCAGGGGGCUCUGCUGGACCCCGCUCAGAGAACCCUCUACAGGGACGUCAUGCUGGAGAACUACGAGACGGUGACCUCGCUGGGAUUCCCCAUUCCGAAACCUGACCUGAUCGCCCGGCUGGAACGAGGGGAAGAGCCGUGGGUCUCGGAUCUCCAGGCCGAUGAGGAAAGGGAGAGCCCGAGAGGCACUUGCACAGCAGGUUAUAGGACAGUGAGUGAGAACAAGGAGGAGAAUCAGCAGCAGGAAGGUCCUGAGCAAGUGGAACCACAGGAGACAUUUUUGAGAAGAGCUGAAGGGAAUUUUUCCCAGUGCUUGGAACAAGGAAAUGCCUGGGGAGAUCGACACAGAUCAGAGAUGCAGCUGGGAAACUAUCCUGGGAAGAAACUGGAUGAAUCUAUUCAAGGCGGUGGAAGAUGCAAGAAUCCCAAGAAAACCACAGUCCAGCAGACAAGUCACAGUGAAGAAAAACCCUACAAAUACCUUGAGUGUGGGAAAAGUUUCCGUGUCAGUACAUUCCUUAUUAGACAUUGGAGAACCCACACAGGAGAGAAGUCCUAUAAAUGCAUAGAGUGUGGGAGAAGCUUCGGUGAGAAGUCAAGCUUUAUUGUGCACCAGAGACUGCACACAGGAGAGAAACCCUAUAAAUGCCGUCUUGAGGAUGAGAAAAGUUUUAGUCAGAGGUCACCACUUAUGGCACAUCACAGAUCCCACACAGGAGACAAGCCCUAUAAAUGCUUAGACUGUGGGAAAAGCUUCAGUAAAAAGCUACGUCUUCUUAUACACCAGAGAGUGCACACAGGAGAGAGACCAUAUAAGUGCCUUCAGUGUGGGAAAAGUUUCAGUCAGAGUUCACACCUUACUGUACAUCAGAAACUGCACACGGGCGAGAGACCAUAUAGAUGCUGUGAGUGUGGAAAAAGUUUCAGCUUGAAAUCAACCCUUAAUUCACAUCAGAAAACCCACUCAGGUGAGAAACCCCAUAAAUGCCUGGACUGCGGGAAAACUUUCACUCAGCGCUCAAACCUUAAUAAACAUAGGAAAAUCCACACGGGAGAGAGACCAUAUAAAUGCCUUCAGUGUGGUAGAAGUUUCAUUCAGCACUCAGACUUUAUUAGACAUCCAUGUCUGAGGACAAGAGAGAGACGCUACAAAUGCCUUCAGUGUGAGAAACUUUUCUGUGCGGGAUCGGACCUUAUUAAACAUGAGAGAAUCCACACUAGUGAGAAACUAUAUAAAUGCGUGGACUGUGGGAAAAGUUUUGGUCAGAGCUCAUACCUUAUUAAACAUAGGAAAAUCCACACAGGAGAGAGACCUUGUAAAUGUUUUGAGUGUGGGAAAAGUUUCUUUUAUCAAUCAGGCCUUGUUAAGCAUCAGAGAAUCCAUACAGGUGACAAACCCUAUACAUGCCUCGAGUGUGGGAAAAGUUUUGUUGAGAGAAUAAAACUUACUAGACAUCAGGCAAUCCACACGGGAGAGCGAUCGUAUAAAUGCUUGGACUGUGGGGAAAGCUUCAUUCGGAAGUCACAACUUACUAUACACCAGAGAGUUCACACCGGAGAUAGACCCUUUAAAUGCUUUGAGUGUGGGGAAAGUUUUAGUCAGAGGUCACAUCUUACUGCACAUCAGAGAACCCACACAGGAGAGAGACCUUAUAAAUGCCAGGAGUGUGGGAAAAGUUUUAUUUAUAACUCAAAGCUUACUACACAUCAGAGAACCCACACAGGAGAGAGACCUUAUAAAUGCCAGGAGUGUGGGAAAAGUUUUAUUUAUAACUCACACCUUACUACACAUCAGAGAACGCACACGGGAGAGAGACCCUAUGGAUGCCUUGAGUGUGGGAAAAGUUUUAUGGCAAGUUCAUCCCUUAUUAAACAUGGACGAAUCCACACGGGAGAAAAACCCUACAAAUGUCUCAAGUGUGGGAAAAGUUUUAUGGAAAGUUCAUCCCUUACUCAACAUGUGAGAAUCCACACAGGAGAAAGACCUUACAAAUGCCUCAAGUGUGGAAAAAGUUUCAAUAUGAAAUCAGCCCUUAAUACACAUCACAAAAUUCACACAGGAGAGAAACCCCAUAAAUGCCUGGAGUGUGGGAAAACUUUCAGUCUGCGCUCUUACCUUACUCAACAUGGGAGAAUCCACACAGGAGAGAGACCUUAUAAAUGCCUUGAGUGUGAGGAAAGCUUCAAUAGGAGCUCAAAGCUCACCAAACACCAGAAAAUCCACAAAGGAGAGAAGUCCUAUAAAUGCAUAGAGUGUGGGAGAAGCUUCGGUGAGAAGUCAAGCUUUAUUGUGCACCAGAGACUGCACACAGGAGAGAAACCCUAUAAAUGCCGUCUUGAGGAUGAGAAAAGUUUUAGUCAGAGGUCACCACUUAUGGCACAUCACAGAUCCCACACAGGAGACAAGCCCUAUAAAUGCUUAGACUGUGGGAAAAGCUUCAGUAAAAAGCUACGUCUUCUUAUACACCAGAGAGUGCACACAGGAGAGAGACCAUAUAAGUGCCUUCAGUGUGGGAAAAGUUUCAGUCAGAGUUCACACCUUACUGUACAUCAGAAACUGCACACGGGCGAGAGACCAUAUAGAUGCUGUGAGUGUGGAAAAAGUUUCAGCUUGAAAUCAACCCUUAAUUCACAUCAGAAAACCCACUCAGGUGAGAAACCCCAUAAAUGCCUGGACUGCGGGAAAACUUUCACUCAGCGCUCAAACCUUAAUAAACAUAGGAAAAUCCACACGGGAGAGAGACCAUAUAAAUGCCUUCAGUGUGGUAGAAGUUUCAUUCAGCACUCAGACUUUAUUAGACAUCCAUGUCUGAGGACAAGAGAGAGACGCUACAAAUGCCUUCAGUGUGAGAAACUUUUCUGUGCGGGAUCGGACCUUAUUAAACAUGAGAGAAUCCACACUAGUGAGAAACUAUAUAAAUGCGUGGACUGUGGGAAAAGUUUUGGUCAGAGCUCAUACCUUAUUAAACAUAGGAAAAUCCACACAGGAGAGAGACCUUGUAAAUGUUUUGAGUGUGGGAAAAGUUUCUUUUAUCAAUCAGGCCUUGUUAAGCAUCAGAGAAUCCAUACAGGUGACAAACCCUAUACAUGCCUCGAGUGUGGGAAAAGUUUUGUUGAGAGAAUAAAACUUACUAGACAUCAGGCAAUCCACACGGGAGAGCGAUCGUAUAAAUGCUUGGACUGUGGGGAAAGCUUCAUUCGGAAGUCACAACUUACUAUACACCAGAGAGUUCACACCGGAGAUAGACCCUUUAAAUGCUUUGAGUGUGGGGAAAGUUUUAGUCAGAGGUCACAUCUUACUGCACAUCAGAGAACCCACACAGGAGAGAGACCUUAUAAAUGCCAGGAGUGUGGGAAAAGUUUUAUUUAUAACUCAAAGCUUACUACACAUCAGAGAACCCACACAGGAGAGAGACCUUAUAAAUGCCAGGAGUGUGGGAAAAGUUUUAUUUAUAACUCACACCUUACUACACAUCAGAGAACGCACACGGGAGAGAGACCCUAUGGAUGCCUUGAGUGUGGGAAAAGUUUUAUGGCAAGUUCAUCCCUUAUUAAACAUGGACGAAUCCACACGGGAGAAAAACCCUACAAAUGUCUCAAGUGUGGGAAAAGUUUUAUGGAAAGUUCAUCCCUUACUCAACAUGUGAGAAUCCACACAGGAGAAAGACCUUACAAAUGCCUCAAGUGUGGAAAAAGUUUCAAUAUGAAAUCAGCCCUUAAUACACAUCACAAAAUUCACACAGGAGAGAAACCCCAUAAAUGCCUGGAGUGUGGGAAAACUUUCAGUCUGCGCUCUUACCUUACUCAACAUGGGAGAAUCCACACAGGAGAGAGACCUUAUAAAUGCCUUGAGUGUGAGGAAAGCUUCAAUAGGAGCUCAAAGCUCACCAAACACCAGAAAAUCCACAAAGGUGAGAGACCCUAGAAAUAGCUUGACUGCAGGAAAAGAUUCAAUUUGACUUCACACAUCAGUGAUCAACACAACAGAGAGACCUUGAAUGUGGGGGAAGCUUCAUUUGGUGUUUCCAGAGCAUCAGGGAUCCACAAAUCCGCACAGGGAAGAAACAUCUGAGACGUUCUUAGUGUGGAAAAUGCUCCAAGUGGAGCUAACCCUGCAUUGGAUAUAAGAGACUCCUCCAUACGGCAGGGAAAUUCUCUGAGUGCCCUGACUAGGACUGGCCAUGAUGACAAACCUAUUUCCUCGUUCCCACACACAUCAGGGGUGUUUGGCUCCCCAGGAUCCAGCUGCCCGUCGCUGGGAUAAGGAUCCAGCAGCAGCUGGUCAGUGACCCUCCGGCUCUGCCUGGUCUAAGCAAACCCCAGGCAGAGGAGGAGAAGCCCCGAUCAGCCCCUCCUCCCUACUGCAGCCCUGGCAGCUGAGCAGAUAGGCCAAAGGUGGGGGAAGGAAGAGAGAGAAACUCCUCCAGACGCUCCCUGUUUGACUGAAGUUCCCCCCUAUUCCUUCCCCUCCCAACCGGGAUCUCCCUGCCAUGAAGAGGAGGAGAAGGAUACUUGGGCCAGGCCCCAUCUUCACUCUAAGCACUGGUCCUCACCCUCUAUCUUCUACCACUCCCUGGGUUGGGCUCCCCACUGAUCUGGAGCUGUUCUCUGCAAGGGGAGUGUCACAGAGGGCUGGUAACUCCCCUCCCCGAAUCCCCCAGGGCGCUGGGCUCUGGGGGAUCAAAUAUUGAGGGACCAGGAGGAUGGGUUAUGGGGAGGGAACUGGGGAUGGAAUGGUUGGGGCUGGUGGAGCUGAGAAGCAGGAGGUGCUGGGGUAUUGGGGAUGAUAGGCUAAGAGGCAAGGGAGAGCACAGGGGCAGAGAAGUGCUGCCUCUCAUCACUCACCCCUUCUGCCCCGUCUGCAUUCAGAUAGCACCACUGAGAGGGGCUGAUUCCCACAGAGCCAUUUGGGGAACGCCGAGAGAUCCCACCUUUGCUUCCGAGCAUCUGUUUAUGGUAGGAAAUGAGGUCGGGAUUAGCCAGCGCAUCUCUGUGACCCUCCACCAGAUUUCCUACUAUAACCUCAUCCUGAGCAUCUUAUGUGUAAGGCUAAGAUUUUGUCAUGGAUAAUUUUUAAGAAAAGUCAUGGACAGGUGACAGGCAAUAAAGAAAUAUUUACAGCAGCCUGUGACCUGUCUGUGACAUUUACUAAUAAUAUCUGUGACAAAAUGGGGUGGGAAAAAGGUGCAACACCCAUUGCUGGGGCUCUGAGGUCCCAUGGCAGCCAGGCAGAUGUGGGGGCCCUGGCUGAGAUCUGCAUGGGCCCCCUGCCACCCGUGGCUUGGAGCUCUGGGACCCCAGCCCCCAUGACGACUCAGAUCUGGAGGCUACUCCUAAGAGUCGGUUGCUGCGGUGAACACCCAUGGCCUGCAGCAGCUCAGAGCUCCGGGGGGCAGCUGUUGGAUACUAUGGGCAGCAGGGGUCCCCCUGCUGCUCAGAGCCGCCACGGGCUGAAGUCACAGAUUCCGUGACUUCCAUUACCUUCAUAAAAAAAUUGAAGCCUUACUUAUGUCUUCUGACUCCCUCCCUUUAGCAGAGUGAUCGUUAGUCCCUGAGUUCCCCCUCUGGGCCUGGAUGGUCUCAUUCCCAGAUAGUCUCACAUUACUGCAGACUCUGCUGAAAAGCAUUUAGUGUUUGUAUAUUUUCUGCCUCAUGCACCAGAGACAGUAAAAUGUGGUGUUACCUUCUGUGCUAUCGCAGGGCGAUGUGGUGAGUGAGGGUUUCCCCUCCUUCCCCCAGCCUCCGUGCAACUGAUGAAGAGUUUUAUCCUGUUACUGUUCUACCCCUUCACCUCCCAAGGUGUCACUUACCACCGUGUCCCUGGCUCUCCAUGCUUAGGAAUCACAGUUCUGAUGUCUGUGAUCCUAAGUCAGACUCCAGAGGACUGGAGAAGGAAGUGUUACAGAUCUGGGAGUGGGCGGGGAAAUCCCAUUGAAUCUAAAGCACAGCUUGACACUUCAGAUCUUUCAGAGUAGCUGCCGUGUUAGUCCGCAAAAAGAACAGGAGAACUUGUGGCACGUUAGAGGCUAAUAAAUUUAUUCUAGCAUAAGCUUUCGUGGGCUACAGCCCACUUCAUCGGAUGCAUGUAGUGGAAAAUACAGAAGGAAGAAAUAUACACAGGGACCAUGAAACAAUGGAGAGUGAUCAGUUAAGGUGAGCUAUUGUCAGCAGGAGAGAAAAAUAAGUGUUUGUAGUGGUAAUGAAAAUGGCCCAUUUCCAGCACUUGACAAGGAGAUAUAAGGAACUGGGGUGGGAGGGUGGAGAUAAGCAUGGGGAUCUUGUAGCCCUGUUUGCAAGUACUGGUGAAAUUGCUUCCCGGCUUUUUCUAGGCUAGUCCAGAUCAUUUGUAGAUGGGAAGACUUGUGUUUCUUUCUCUUUCUUUUAAUAUAAUGAUGCUAAAACUUUUGCAACUAAUACAACCAAAUAAUGAGGGGAGAAGUGAACCUGGUUUAACCGCUACAGAAGAAAAUGGGUACAUUUAUUUUCCUGAUUUUGAGUCUGAAAGGAUUCACUAAGAUCUCAUUUUAUGAACAUGAAAGUGUUUUAUAGCCCACCCUGGAUUGUGGGUUUAUCUCUCUUUGUGAAGGCCAUUUAGUCACAAACGUUGAUAUUUAAUUCGACAGGAUGUAACUCGGAUUUACUGAGGACUUCCUGAAGGGUUAAAAUCCAUGUGCAUUUUAUAUAACAACCUGAUAUAUGGACUGUGCCAGCUCUUUCUCAGACC